UCCUCCUUGGCCAAAACAUGGAGGAAGAUGGGCCAAAACCAGCGUUACCAGCGUGCCUUCUAAGCAUUAUGCCAGCGUUAUACCAGCCACCAGCGUUUUCUUUGAGCUUGUCGCGUUGAGCCUUGUCACGUUGUCUUCGACCAGGCGCUGUUUCGACUCACGGGGAACGUUCUGAUCACGCCGUUAAAGAAGCAUUGCUUAUCGUUUGCUGUGCACCACGACGAGGCUUUGCGAUCACGGCUCAGUACGUCAGUACCUCCGAGGUGACCGCGAAACCGUUGCGACGAGGUGUUUUCUGCGACACCCGAAAGUAUUUCCACGGUAGCACGCAGUUAAACUGCGGUGCAAUCUUCGAUGGAGAGCACGCUUCGCGAAGUGAUGGCCCGGCUCACCAACCAGCCGUCGGACACCGUGCGGCCGGCGUGCAAGAAGUGCGGCUACCCGGGCCACUUCACGUACCAGUGCCGAAACUUCCUCAAGGUGAACCCGAACAAGGACAUCGUGCUGGACGUGAGCAGCACCAGCUCGGAGGAGGACGACAGCGAGGACGAGCAGUUCGUCUCGCCGCUGACGCAGCUCAACCUGGCGCGCGCGGCUGCGGCAGCCACCGCGGCGUCGGCCGGUGCGAGCCGUCACUCAUCCUCGUCUUCGCAUGAAAAGGCGAAGAAGAAGAAGAAAAAGAAGCACCACCAUCGGUCGCGUUCGGCUCAUCGGUCGCGGUCACCUCAUCGGUCACGAUCGCCUCGUCGCAAAAGCGACGAUCGCCACGGUCAGCGCAAGGGCCGCGACAACUGCCGCAAAAGCAAAAAGAGCGACCGCAAGAGGAGGAAGCACUCCCGGGACGACAAGCAGUCUCGCCGCAAGAGCAGCUCCAGCUCCACAGACAGUACACGCUGAUGCUGGCGACGGGAGCAAACUUGGGCCUGCACACUUGGUUGUGGGAAAGCACUGGUGUGACCUGCCAGAAGAAGUGAAACGCAGCCGAUGACGGCAGAGGAUUAGGAAAUCGGCAACCAUGCUCGCUAGAGAUAAUUACUACAGGAACCAACACCCUUUGUCCCACAGACUUUUUUUUUUUUUUUUUUGCUGCUACCAAUGGUGCAUUUUGUGAAUUGUGCUGAGACACAGUUUGUAGUUUCUAGACUGGCAGAUGCUUGCAAGUGUGGCAAAAAUUUCUUGUGCUGUAGUUUUCCACACUUUUAAAACUGCCUUUGUGGUAGGUCACUUCAUAAACCACCUCUAGAGGGCCAAAAAUUCUGUCAUUUUACACAAUAUGCAUUGUGACAUCCACAGACAUUCACAUUAUGAGUGUACAUCAGCCCCUUCAGACAUUGUAUAUAAAACCGCUGAGGAAAAUAUUUUGACACAUUUUGAAAUCCCUCGGAUUAGAGCCGUGCCGCAUAUUUUCAUACGUGCAAAGUGUUUUACUAAAAACGGUCAAGGUACAACAGCAUUCAGUAUGAGCAGCAAGACGGCACCUGUAGUUGAAGCCUGCACUGCAACACUGGCAAACAUAGAAUUGGUUCACAAAAUACCACCAAUCAGAACAAUGUUAAACUUCCACUUUUUUUUUUUUUUUUUUUGAAGUUGGCUUUGCCAUGUUGUGUUGGUGCCGCUUCAACGACAUCUGUUGUGUUGUAGUCAUGAAUGAAGAAACAUUUAGCAGAUAAUGUCACAUUGUCGGAGAGCCACUUCAUGCUGGCGGCGUCUAGUGGCACGCAAGGGAAAUGCUGCCGUUUCGGUUUCCGAGGGAACCGGCCACACGCGUUUCUCCCGCUCCGCCGCAGUCACGGAGCACGGGCGCGGAGUGCGUUCGUUUCUUGCUCCACCUUUUCCCUGCAAGACUUGUGCCAGCUUUUGCAGGUUUCAACAAAAUGCCUGCGUCCCAUCUUAGGCUAGUAAAUGCGGAAAAAGAGCAUACUGUGCAUAGCAGCGUCAUUACAGCCACUGCCACUACAUAAAAGAAAGGUUACAGAGAAGGCAGCCCACAAAAAAAAAAAAAAAAAAAGUUGCGUGCCCGCUGAAGCAAACGCCGUUGUCAUCUGCUCAUGAACACUGCUAAACAGAAUGCAAUAAACAGAAUGCGUGGGUCGUGCUCGCCCAGCCACGCCCGGCCAGUAACGCUUCUUUUUCUUUUUUUCUCGGUUGCGGCUUUGCGUUGCAAGGUGCCACCAAUUCAAGUGCCUCCGUCGGCGCAUGUUAUUUUUGUAUUUUUUGUGAUUGUUAUCUGGACACCUGCCGAUGCCCAUUCAAAUGGGAGUUUCACCUCCUAAAUAUUUCUUCCUCUGUUCUUGCAGUUCACAUUAACCCUUUCAGACGCCACCUAUGAACCGUCUGUAAAUUCAUCAAAUUGAUACAAUAUUAUUUCAAGGCAUUCCAUAUUCUAUAGAGAGCUUGCACGUGAUGUCAUGGACGCAGCUUCUGAAUGUACUGGCACUCCAUGAUGGUGUCUUUUAUGACAAACAAGUUGUCUUUAUGUGAAAACGACGUGUCAGGAAUGUUUCUGUGUGUGAAUAACAAAGGAACCUGCAUGUGAUGUUUUGAUAACAUUAAUGUGACAUCGCAAAUGUCUCGUCCCUACAUGCUGGUACUCCAACACUGCAGUUUUAGUGACGUCACUGCAAGCCAUCUAUUGCAACAAAAAUGAUGUCAUAACAUGUUCAUUUAUGUGUGUUAUAGUAAGUAAUCCUAAUGAAAUUGUAAUUAAGUAUCCUUUUAUUCCGUAGUCAUUCCUGCUCCGUUUUUGCAUAAAUAGAAUGAAAUCUCUGGCUAGAAAUAUAGUGCAAAUUCGUUUUCGGUUAUGUCCAUUUUUAUCAAAGAUAAAUUAUACUUUUGAUGUGGAUCACAGGAAGCGGCACGUUGAACAUGGUAGUGCCUUCAGCAAAGUGAUCCUGUGCAACAGUACAUUGCAAAAUGAAGUUAAAUGAAGAU